CACAAGGAGACACAUAAUGUGCACACCCUGGACAAAUCCAAGGCUAGUCAGACGGAGAGUCAGAGACUAGGCAUCAUGUUUCUUGGCUUGCAGAUGAUGAACCCACUACAUCACCUCAAUUGCCAAUAAAAAACACUAGAAACGGUCAAAGCUUGCAGCAAGAAGAUGACACGCCACAGAAGGCGCAAUAACAAAGAGAGAGAUAUUGUUAUUCCGGUUGAAAAUGAGCCGGCUGAUGACUCCCGGUGGCAACAUUUCUCCAAUGAAGACUACAUUGUUUUCUGCUUUAGAGAGAAUGGAGCAUUCGACGUUGUCAAGGAAACUUCCAGACCUGUAAACCGAAAGCUCAAUUAUGGGGCGGAAGCCAAAACAGGAGUAAAAAGGUAUGGCAAUGAAGAAAAGUUGAAUAGAAAUGGAUGUGAUGGGCAUGUUAUGGUCUCUAAUCAAAAGGAUGAGGAAGAAAGCAUAUACUUUGAUGCUGAAGGGCCUACAAACGGCAUGAGAAGGAGAUAUCAUAUUGCUCAUGAGGUUGAAGACCGCCUGGCGUCAGUAGGAUCAAGUGAAUCUAAUCAAUCCGAUGGCAGCAAUGGAUCUUUUGCCUUUCCAGUGUUGGGGUGGGAAUGGAUGGGAAGCCCUAUGGAAAUGCCAAAAUCAGAUGGCCGGCAAUUAAGGAAGCACAAGGCCCGUUGUGUGGGAUUUCAGUGUUUUGGAAUUUGAAAGUUGCAUUGUGAUGUGCUCGUUGUGUACAAAAAUAUACUAAUAAUAAUAUAUCAUUCGCAAUAGAACGAAUCCUUAAAGGAUAGGGCUA